UCAACAUGUAUGGCUUCAGGAAGGUGGUGCACAUCGAGCAGGGGGGGCUGGUCAAGCCUGAGAAGGAUGACACAGAAUUCCAGCAUCCCUUCUUCCUCAGGGGGCAGGAGCAGCUCCUGGAGAACAUCAAGAGGAAAGUCACCAGCGUGUCAGGGCUGAAGGGCGAGGAGGUGCGGGUGCGGCAGGACAGCGUGGCGCGGCUGCUGGCUGACAUGCAGGCCAUGAGGGGCAAGCAGGACAGCCUGGACUCCAGGCUGCUGGCCAUGAAACACGAGAACGAGGCUCUGUGGCGGGAGGUCGCCAGCCUGCGCCAGAAGCACGCCCAGCAGCAGAAGGUGGUCAACAAGCUGAUCCAGUUCCUGAUUUCCCUGGUUCAAUCCAACCGGAUCCUGGGCGUCAAGAGGAAAAU